GGCGGACAGAUUUUUACGCCUUCGCGAUUCGCCAGUGGACGCGUUGCACUCUUGAGCCAAAAGGCUUCUUCGUGAUGCAAAGCGAACGCGCGCGCACAGUGCAGCUCGAGCGGCGAGUGAAAAGGGGAAGGAUGCUGCAGGUUGGCGGUGGGUGUGCGCGCGCGCGCGCGCACGCGCGUAUGUGCGUUUUUCUCUUCCUUUCUAUCUCCUCCUCUCCUCGGAACUUUCCCACAUUAAAAACACUUGGACCAUAAAAGGACACAAGGCUCCGUGACCCGCCACUGAAUCGGCACUUUUGUGGCCGACGAGGAGCCCCCCCCCCCCCGCUGGGAGAGAGCCAGCCAGCGACGUUCUCACUUUCCGCGGAUAUGACACCAAAACAACCGGAUUCUUCAACAGUUACGGAGCUUUGACUGCCACAGAAUUCCAUAUUUGAUUUGUCCCACCAUCCCCCCCGCCCCGACCCGACCCCCUUACCCCCACUCCCCGGCCACUCCGACUUUGCCGGGCAUCAUGAGCCUGUGGACGAACGGCUCGUCCCUGGAGCCCCUGGCCGGCUCGCAGGCGCCACAGGCGGACUCGAACGCCACCGGCAACCGCAGCAAGCACGCGCCGCCGGAGCUGAGCCGCGCCGUGCCGGUGGGCAUGCUGCUGGCAUCGUUCAUCGCUUUCGCCAUCGUGGGCAACCUGCUGGUCAUCCUGUCGGUGGUGUGCAACCGCCACCUGCGCACCCCCACCAACUACUUCAUCAUCAACCUGGCCAUCGCAGACCUGCUGCUCAGCACCACCGUGCUGCCGGUGUCCGCCACGCUCGAGAUUCUGGACUACUGGGUCUUCGGACGCAUCUUCUGCGACAUUUGGGCGGCGGUGGACGUCCUGUGCUGCACGGCGUCCAUCAUGUCGCUGUGCGUCAUCUCCAUCGACCGCUACAUCGGCGUGCGCUACCCGCUGCAGUAUCCGGUCAUCGUGACGGAGCGGCGCGCGCUGCUCGCCAUGCUGGCCGUCUGGAUCCUGGCCAUCGUCAUCUCCAUCGGACCGCUGCUCGGAUGGAAGCAGGCUCCAUCGCAGGACGACACCGAGUGCGUGAUCACCGAGGAGCCGUUCUACGCCCUCUUCUCCUCGCUGGGCUCCUUCUACAUCCCGCUGGCGGUCAUCCUGGCCAUGUACUGUCGCGUCUACGUGGUAGCAAAGCGCACCACCAAGAACCUGGAGGCCGGCGUGAUGAAGGAGCGGCAGCAGGACUCCAACGAGCUCACCCUGAGGAUCCACUGCCGCAAUCAGCAGAUCCAGGACCUGUGCGCCGCCUCCAAGGGCGGCGGCGGCGGCGGCGCGAGCUCGGCCGGGCGCUGCACGCUGACCGUCAAGCUGCUCAAGUUCUCCAGGGAGAAGAAAGCCGCCAAGACGCUGGGCGUGGUGGUGGGCAUGUUCAUCCUGUGCUGGCUGCCCUUCUUCCUGGCUCUUCCCAUCAGCUCUUUUAACAGAAAUUUGCGCCCACCCGAAACCUUCUUCAAGGUGAUUUUCUGGCUGGGCUACUUCAACAGCUGCCUGAACCCCAUCAUUUACCCCUGCUACAGUCGCGAGUUUAAGCAGGCCUUCAUCCGGAUCCUCCGCUGUCGUUGGAAACGGAAGCGCCAGGGCUGGCAGGCGUACUAUAACUACCGCUCCCAGCAGGGAUCCCACAACUCAUCCUACCUGAACGGCAGCCAGCAGACGUUGUCCUCCAUCAGCCACAGCCCGCGAUGCGUCGCCCCCAAGCUGCAACCACCACCUUGGUCGUCCUCCUCCAACAAGCGGAACCUCCUGCCGGGGUCGGGCGGACCAGAACCCCGGCUGGGUCCGGCGUCACCGCUCGCCAAGGCAGCUGGCGGGCGAGACACGGGUGUGAAAAGGAAGUAAAACAGAAAAAUUGCACAGUACGGUACAAGUGUUCGGACUCAUACGGAAAAAGCUGUGGCCACUUUGAGUGUGAAACAACAAAAUGGAGGAACAAAACCGGUUACAUCGUUGGUAGGCCGCCGAUCGUGUGCUUCAAAACUGAUUCGAUUGACCUUCCGUCGCACAAGCGUGUUGUGUUUUGUGAUCAUAUUUAUGAACGGGCACGCGGUAGCGUGGCCACCAAGCGGGCCUGAAGGCCGUGAGUUCCAUGUCCAGUAGACAUUUUCUUCGGUAUGCUAGUGGUCACCACGUGUGCCUCACAAUCCGAGGUUCUGGGUUUGACACUCGACUUUGGCCUUCCCGUGUUGAGUUUGCAUGUUCUCCCUGCGCUUGAGUGUGUGUGUUUUUUUUUUUAAAGCUGCGAUAGGUCCCGGCUUUCUGCUUCUGAGGACAAGUGCUUUUGAAAGCUACCGCGUAUGGAUGACUGGUUUGACAUUUUACAAGUUCCUAUCUUGAAGCUUGGAGAAGCACAUUCACCAUUUAUUCCGCUACCUGUUUUAUGGGAAGUCCUUGACUAUUAAACACUUCAAAAGUGUUGAUCACUAUGAUUUUUUUUCUUUUUUUACAGCCACUGUUCUUCCCAAACCUUCUUGUUUUAUCUCCCACAAUGCAGAAAUUGUUUA